CAACUGUUACACAUACUCCUCCUACUUUUCCAUCACCGCUUCAACUCGCACAUCACAGCAACAAUGGACGCCAUCUGGAGCGACACGGAGAUGAGCGAGACAUCGCUUAUCACUACCGAAUCAUCACCGCCGUCAUCUCCAAUCCUGACAGACUACCAAAACAACCUCAUCGCCACCUAUUCCUUCCACAGCGAUCGCAUCAGUGACCUCAUGAGCACUGCCGUCGGCCUCGAGAUCAGCGUGCGGCGUGAGCGCGACGAACCGAGCCUCCCAUAUCUUACUGAAGAUCUAGAAAAUACACGGGGGGAACUGGUGUUGCACAGAGACGCGAAACGGAGGAUUGAGAAGAACAUCAAGAAGGAGAAGGAAAGGUUGAAGGCGGUGGUUGGGGAUGGGUCGAUCGUGGCGAAGCAGCAGUUGAAUGAGAUUGGACGUUAUAUGGAGGAGGACAAGACGAUUGAGUGUCUACGCUGAGAGAUCAGUGGGCCAGGGCACGCAAACCUGCAUGUCUAGAGGAGGCCUACGGUGUCUGGUGCAGGGGUGCUUGAGCUGAUUCGACAAACACGAC